CAAACACAACCUUAAUAUCCAAAAUGCUCAUCCACUUGCUGAAAUGGCAACACAGCCUGAAAUAAAACCUCACACUCUCGUCUACUCUCAACUCUCCGGCCGCCGCUGCAAGUAUCUUGUCUCCCGCCUUUCCACCUCCAGCGUCGACCGAAGAUCGCCCCCAGCAGUUCGGCGACUCAGUGUACUGCAGGAACAACAGCAUCAUAUUGCAGAAACCAGUUUCUCAGGGCUGAUGAUGCUUAGUAUCAAAUACUCUGCAGCCAUUAUUACCCAAAGAUUGGAAUCAGUGAAUAUUUCUGGAAAAUCUAAUUUCGCUGUUCUAUGUGCUGCUAAAGGCCCAAGACCAAGAUAUCCACGAAUAUGGAAAUCUAAGAAGAGAAUAGGCACCAUCUCCAAGUCGCAAAAGCUUGUUGACUGUAUAAAAGGAUUGUCAAAUGUCAAAGAGGAAGUUUAUGGGGCUCUUGAUUCUUUCAUUGCUUGGGAGUUGGAGUUUCCUUUAAUCGCCGUAAAAAAAGCUUUGAAAACCCUAGAGAAGGAAGGAGAGUGGAAGAGGAUAAUUCAGGUGACAAAGUGGAUGUUAAGUAAAGGCCAAGGAAGAACAAUGGGGAGCUAUUGUAUGUUGUUAAAUGCUUUGGCACAAGAUGAUAGACUGGAAGAAGCUGAAGAACUUUGGAACAAAAUAUUUUCUGAAAAUCUGGAAAGCUUGCCUCGUGUUUUUUUCAUCAAAAUGAUUUCAAUUUAUUAUAGCAGGGGGAUGCAUGAGAAAUUGUUUGAGGUAUUUGCUGAUAUGGAAGAGCUUGGUGUCAAACCAAACACUUCGAUCGUCUCGAUGGUUGGGAAGGUGUUCCAGAAGCUGGGAAUGUUGGACAAAUAUGAUAAGUUAAUGAAGAAAUAUCCUCCUCCAACUUGGGAAUACCGAUAUUUCAAAGGGAAGCGUGUCAAGGUUCAAAUAAAGAACUUGAAGGAUUUUGAUGAUGGGGGUGAUAAAGGCCUGGAUGAUUUUGAAGAAGAACCUGAGAUUAAUUCCAAUGAACUUGAAGAGGAAGGUGUAGAGAGUUCAAAUAAACCUGAAGAGGAAGCUGUGGCCAUAUCAUCGUGAUGAGGCUUAUCUGAUACUGGACCGAAUACCCCACCAAAAAAAAAAUCUUGUUAUUUACCAUUUACUCUUUUGUAAUCUAAUCUUCUUCCAAUUACUUGAAGGGAGAAUCUUAUUGUAACCAAAGUUGUGAAUUAAGAAGUUGUGAUUGAAGUAAAUCUUGUCAUUUUACAUAAA